CCAGAUAAUGAAUCAACCCUUGAGUAAAAUUGAAAAAAUUACAGAUUGGAAAAAUUAUUCACCGAUAGACAAAAUGCAGGCUAUCACUCAUAGGACAAGUACAAUUAAAAAAAAACUAGAAAGAAUUACGGAAGAUAAGAAAAGGGUCACUCUAGAACUUGAUAUGAACCCUUACAAAAAAAGUUCGAGAUUAGCCUUGUCAAAAAAAUUUUUGUCAAAUGUUGAAAAAAAAAAAAAAUAGAUUAAUAUAUAAAUUUAAUUAUUUUAUAAAAUUAUUUAUUCAAAGAAUAUCUAAUUGUAUUUUUUUAUAUACUAUAUCUAUUUGCCAAAUGACUCAAAAAGUCUUUGUGGAAUCAACAAAAAUGAACUCUCUUUCAAAUUCAAAUAUAAAAACGCAUAAUAAUAAGCUUUAUAAGGAAAAUUCAGAGAGUUUUGGUGAUUUAUCCAACUUGUCACAAGCAUAUGUAUUGUACAAAAUAUCAGAAAGGGGUUUUUUGAACGUACGUAAUUUCAUAUCUGUUCUUCAACAAAAUGGAACAUCUUUCUUGAUUAAAAAGAAAAUAAAAGACUCAUUUCAUACACAAGGAAUACUUCCAUCUGAAGGAAUAAAAAAACAACUUAAGCGGCCUAGAACGAGUCAAUGGAAAUUUUGGUUAAAAGGGAAUUCUCA